CUACCCUCCAAAAUUUACCUCUCCGUCUGUUUGGUUCGCUCUCGUUGGCGAAAAUCUGUCGCUUCAACUUAAGGCAACUGACCCUGAAAACCGUACAAUAAACUACAGGAUCACUAGCACUGAUGCGCAAGGGUACACUUUCACACCAAACGGGCAGCUGAACUACACCAUGACGUCUGCAGACAACAAGACGUUCACAUUCGUAGCGACAGAUGAGUGCAAUGCUAACGAUACAACCGCGAUUACUCUUAUGGCGCAAUUUUGCCCAUGCCAAAACGGAGGAACAUGCUAUCCCCAUCCCUACUACCCUAGGGGGUCUGGCCAGUACGAAUGCGCGUGCCCGAAAGGAUUCAAUGGAAGUCGCUGCGAAAUUAACAUUGAUGAAUGCCAGUCGAACCUUUGUGUCAACGGUUCCUGUGUCGAUGGUGUCGCCGGCUACACUUGUAAGUGCGAUGCUGGAUUCGAGGGUCGACUUUGCGAUGUGAAAAUCUCGAACUGCUCUGAAGACUCGUGUUAUCCUGGUGUCAACUGUACCGAAGACCCGAGUGGUUUUGUCUGUGGUCCGUGUCCUGUAGGUUUAUCAGGAAAUGGAAAAACGUGCAUAGUACUAGCGACCAAGCCUCCGACGACUUCAGAGAGCGCUACCUCAACAGUAUUGGUGACCAAGCUUGCAACCGCAACGAAGAGAGUCACUUUGGCAGUAUCUUCAAACGAGCUUCCAACGCCAACGAAAAGAGUUACUUCAGAUGAUGAAUGA